AUGAAAUUUUUUUUUAUUCUCUUUUUUUUUUUAUUGAAAUGUUGCACAAAAAUAUUAACGUUAAGAAAAAUGGAAGCCAGAUUGGACCCUACAACUAAGGCAGAUGGGACAUUUGCUUCAAAUGAUUUGUUAAAUUACAAAUCUGAGAUUUAUUCUCAGAUGGAAAGGGUAAAAGGAAAUCGAGAGCUAUCAAACGGAAUAGAUUUGGACUUAAAAGAAUUAAACGAUAUAACAAACAUAAUAAAUAAGACACAAGAAAAACAGAAAAGUAGUUUAAUAAAUUAUUCUCAAUUUUUAGAACAAACAAAAUUAUCACUAUAUAAAAUUUUAAAUGAAUAUGAAAAUCGAAUUAAUCAAAUUGAAUAUAAUAUAAUGGAAUUAAAAAAAUAUGAUCCAUUCAUAGAAAAAUUUAAUUAUCCAAUAUCUAUGUAUUGGGUAAAAAUUGACUUUAAUAAUUUUGAAUCUUUAUGGAAAUAUAAAAAAAAUAAAAAUUAUACUUCAAUCAUACAAGAAAAUAAUAUAAUAGAUAUAAAAAAUAAUAUACAAACGAUAUUAUUAUUAAAACAUCAUAAUAUAUUAGAUGGCUAUAUACACGUUGAUUUAUUGCAAAUAUCUUCGUCAUCACAAGUAAAACAAAUGGCAUCUGGAAUUAUUUUUCAUUUUUUAAAUUCUCGCAAUUUUAGAGUAUUAGAACUUUCUUUUUUUAACAAUAGAGCUAUCCUAAUGGUGAUUGAAGUUUCCAACAAUGUGUACGAAAAAAUAGCGUCAAGGGCGGUCACCGCGGAAAACAAUGAAUUCAACUCAUUGACACUCCAGUUUGAUAAUAAAAAAAUAAAUAUUUUUUUAAAUUACAAAAAGGUAAUUGAGUUAAAUGUUACAAUUGAUAAUGCUGUUAAUCAAUUUGGUUUGUUCACAAAAAAUGGGUCAGCUGAAUUUAAAAAUAUAUUAACAGGGAAUAUAAAUUUUGAGAAAUUAAUUAUGCAUACCCUUAUGAAUUCUAAUGAUAAAGAUGUAGUAAAAGGAUAUAUUUUAGACUCAUUUCGUUUUUCAAAAAAAAUGGAAAUAGAUGAUCUAAGUGUUUAUGCAAUACCAUAUACCAAUAAAGAUUAUGACGCCCCUUUCAAAUUUGAAAUUGACAAUGUUUAUCCUGUCCCUGAUUCGAAUUCUUAUUAUUAUGAUACAAAAAUUAAUAAAUCUCCAAGACAUAAUAGUGAUAACAUUACUAGUGAAAAUAUCAAUACUCUAGUUGAACAAGGAAAUGAUUUUUGUUACUCAUAUAAAGAACAAAAUUAUAAUUUAGAUGAAUGGAUUUGCCAAGGAAAUUACAACAGAAAAAAUAAUAUUGAUGAAGGUAAAUGUAUGAAUUGGAAAAUUAUUAAUGAAUAUAAUAUUUAUAGAAUUGUAUUUAUAAAUAAUUACAAAAAUAAUAAUGAAAUAAAAUCUAAAUUGCUUUACAAAUAUAGUUCUUGUAAUUCUGUAUAUUUGUCUGCUUAUAUAAAGUUAGAAAAUAAUAGUGAAUCUGGUUUGAUAUACAGAUAUGAUAAUGAAGAAAAUAUGUAUAUAGCAAUAAUAUCGAUAGUUACAAAACAAUUAAUAUUAAAAAAAUAUAAAAAUGGAAUAGAACAAAUUAUUAAGACGAAAUUUAUUAAAAACAUAAAUUAUUUUCAACGUAUUCAUAUAUUAAUACACGAUCAAGGUGAAUUGGGAACUAUUGAUAUAUUUAUCGAUUCUGUAAAAUUUAUUAAUAUAAAUAAUCAAUAUUAUUAUAAAUUAGGGAAAAUCGGAUUAAUAGUUCAACAAGGAUAUGCCACAUUCGACACAUUUAUGAUCGAACCAACUGUAAAUAGGAAUAUCACCGAUAUUUCAUUUCUCAAUGAAAUAUAA